AUGUUUUUAGAAAACGAAGCAUUCCUUACUGCAUUAAAUAAAUUAUACCAAACCUCAACCAAAAAAGGAACAGUUUGGACAACAAUGAAGAGAUAUGUUGAUUCAGAUUCAAACUUUCAAAAGAAAAAAGCAGAUAGAAUUAAUCCAGAAACUACAGAAGAAGAAAUUAAAUGUUUAGUAAGAUCAACCAAUGGAAAAAAGAAAAUUUCGACAAUAGUUUUACUUAAAGAUAUUCCAAGUUUUGAAAAGAGUUAUAAAAAUGUUUUACUUUUAAAUUUAGAUAAUCUUAAAGCUGUACCAAAAGAAAAAAAGAAACAAAUAAAUACUCAAGUUACCGCUGCUACAAAGAAAAAAACAAAUUAA